AUGCAAAAUAUCAAGGAAAGAUAAGAAUUUGAAAACUACAAUAAAAUCAAGUUACUCGGUGAAGGUUCUUUCGGUAAGGCCUUCUUGGUUGAGAGAGCAUCAGACAAGUUAAAAUGUGUGAUGAAGUAGAUCGAUAUAGGAAAGAUGAGUGAGUAAGAAAAGAGAGAAACUGUACAAGAAGCAAAGAUAUUAGAGGCAUUAUCUCAUCCAAAUAUAGUCAAAUUCAUUGAAGUAUACAAGACUAAGAAAGGAAAGUUGUGUAUAGUCAUGGACUUCGCAGAUGGUGGGGAUUUACAAGCCAGAGUAAAGGAGUAACGCGGUAGAUUGUUUUCUGAGUCUUAAGUUUUAGAAUGGUUUACUCAGAUAUGCCUUGGCUUAAAGCAUAUUCAUGAUCGCAAGAUCCUUCAUAGAGAUCUGAAAGGAUAGAAUAUAUUUUUGACAAAGUAAGGUAUCGUAAAGAUAGGGGAUUUCGGUAUUGCCAAAGUUCUCGCUACAACUAUGUAAAAUGCAAGAACAGUCGUUGGAACACCAUAUUAUCUUUCUCCUGAAAUCGUCUAAUCAAAGCCAUACAACUUCAAGUCAGAUAUUUGGUCCCUAGGUGUGGUUCUCUACGAAUUAGUUGCCUAGAAACCACCCUUUGAUGCUCCGAGUCUUCACUUUCUAGCCAUGAAAAUUGUAAGAGGAGCUUAUAAUCCUCUGCCUGGAUCUUUUAGUACCGAACUUAAAACCUUAGUUGGAUAACUUUUGAACACAAAUGAAAAAUUAAGACCAGAUGUGAAUUAAAUACUUGCCAAGCCAAUCAUUCAAAAUAGAAUUAAGUCAUUUUUAACUGAAACAGUCUAUCAUAACGAAUUCAGUCACACAAUUCUUCACAAGCAAAAUGUAUUUGAUCCUAAAUAACAGUAAAUAAAGUAAUUAUAGAAUCUUUAACAGUAGAUCAAUUAAAAUAAACCAGCUAUUGCAGGAAAUUAAAUACAAUCAAAACCAGUUGUGCAAUAAAAUCAACAAUAAGUUCCUAGGUAUAAUCCGAACCCAAUAGGCUAAAAUAACCCAGUCAACAGAGGAGUUGUAUAAUAAACUCCUGUAUAAAAUCCCCCAUCUUCCAGAUUACCAGUUAAAAAUUAGGUUUCACCAGGAAUGGCUGCAGCCUUUGGAAAUAAUGCAAAUCCUAAACAAUAAAAUCAAAUAGUACCACCAUAAUAUGGAGCUGGUGUCUAAAAUGCAAAGCCUAACUACCACUAUUAGCAGUAAUAAUAAAAGCAAGUCAAUCCAAUAGUAAAUAACUAGCCUUAAGAUAAAAAAGUACCACCCCCAGUGCAAUAGUAAGCUAACUUAUUUUAGCCAGAUAAGAAGUAACUCGAGGAGUAAAAAGCAUAUCAAGAAAAAAUGAGGAUGAUUGAUUAAAAACUUAAGGAAAAGGAAAUGGAAUUAAAGCGAUUAGAUGAGAUGAAGCAAUAAAGAUUAAAAGCCGAGUAAGCUCUUAAGGAAAGAGAUAGGGAAAGAGAUAAAUAGGAGUUGGAGCUAAGAAAAAAGGAAUAAGAUAAAAAAUAGAAAGAAUAGCUCGAAGACAUGUAAAGAAGAAGAUUAUAGGAAGACUAAGCUAAAAAAAUCUAAGAAGCUUAGUAAAAAAGAAAGGAGGAAUUAGAUAAAAUUAGAAAAGAAGGGGAAUAGAAGAAAUAGUAAGAGGACAUAUAGAGGAAAAAGUAGGAAAGAGAAAGGGAAGAGAAGGAGAGAGUAUAGAAAUAAUUAAAAGAGCAAUAAUAAAAAGCACAAGCACAGGCAGUGAUUUAGCAAAGAGAACAGUAGAGAUAGCAGCAAGUGUAAAAAGGGGGAUCAAAUGAUAUUGAUUUCAUCAAGAAAAUGGCUUAUGAUGCGCAAAGCAAGAUUCUUGAUAUUGAGUAAAAGAUAUUGGCUAAAGACCAAAAUAAGGCACAAGUAUAAUAAUAGCCAUUAAUGAGCAAUUAUGAACCACCUGCAGCAGUUCAAAAGCAAAGAUAGUAGCAAGCACCAAAGUCAGCUAGCAGAGCUCCUUAAUAAUAAUAACCUAAAAUGGUGUAAGAGAUUAAAAAGGUUGCACCCACACAUAGAUAAGAGAGUGAAAAUAACGCUUUGGAUAAAAGAGCUAGAGAUCAAUAAGAGAGAUCAAGAAAAGAGGAAGCAAAAAAGUAAUUCAUUUAAAACAACAAAAAAAGCCCAGGCUUCAUUUAGAUUGUCGAUGGAAUAGAUAUUUCAAAUGAUGAUUAAAGCAUAUCAGUAGACGUAUCCAGAGAUAAAAUUGAAAUGAUCAAGCCAAAAUAAGUUUCUAAGACAAGAGCAAACUGGAAUAAAGGAGGAAAAGAGCUAGAAGCAUAACAAGAAAAGAAAGGUGGCUCUCCAUUACAAGAUAGCAAACCCUAUUAUAAGCCUUAACUAAAGAAAGAGGAAUAUCAUAAGCCGAGUAGCCAAGAAAAGCGAGAGAAGUCACCUGUUUAGUACCAAGAUCAGCGAUAUUAUUAUGAAGAAAAUAACGGGCAAACAUUCGUAGAAGAAGAUUACAGUGAAAUUUAUAGAAUGUAUGAUGAGAUGCUUCAACUUGUAAAAGGUGGACUCGACACUCCAUCCAAAGAAUAAAUUGAGAGGUCUCUUGAUGAAGAAGAAAAGAAAGCUUGUGACAAAGAUGAUAUUUCAGACGAAGGAUUUAACGACGAGAGAGAUGAUGAGUUUGAAAUUGACUCUGUGAAAGCAAAAUUAGAAUUUAAGGUUAAACCAGAGGAGGAGAAGAAAAGUCAGCCAAUAAAUCAAAAAAAAUAAAAAGGUGGAAGAUUUGAUGAUACUUUAUCAACUGUCAAUGAGGAAUCUGAACCAGAAAAUACUUUCUAAAAUUCUCAUCAAUAAAGAAGCGAGAAUAGAGCUGAUAAUAUUCCUGAUGUAGAUGCAGAUUCAGAGGAUAGAGACGAUAUUGAUGAUGACUCAACUGAUGUAAGCAGCAGUUCAUAAAUAGAGGUUAAUCAAAAUCCAAUGUAAAACAUGAACUAAAACUUUACAUUUGCAAAUGGUGGUGAUGACUUGGUUAGUAAAGAACUUUCAAAAUUCACCUCAGUUGAGCACUUGAGAGAUUAUCUUGAGACAGAAUUGGGGGAAGAGAAAAUCAUCAAAGCAUAUCCCGUUCUUAGAGAAUUUGGUGAUAAUAUAUUCUUCCAAGAGAAGAUAGAUGAUUUAGUGAAACUACUUGAUGGAGUCUUGACUAUUCAAGAGAUUAAGAAAUACUAGACUUUCUUUGCUUCUUUAAUAUUUAUGGAACUACAAGCUGAAAAAGAGGGCGGCGGACAAGACGGAAUAGUCAUUGCCAUGAAAACACUAAAAAAUAUCAAUACAACAGCAACAUUUGGACGAUUCUUUUGA